GGCUAAAAUCCAUGGCCAGGAAUUCAUCAUCAAUUUUCGAUGAUGGGCAAAAGAGUUGCACAGAAAUCUUCGGCGCUUGAGGUUAUGAAGGCUAUUCAGCCAUGAUAAUAAAAUCAAUUAAAAAUAGGCGACUUUAUUGAGACCUGGAACUGGCAAAGUGAGAGUGAAAGCAGCGGGGACCUGAGGUGGAACAAUGAAUUCUUCAUCACGUGGUUGAGCUAUACUCAGGUCGUAGCUGAAGCUUGGCACAAGCCUCCUGCUGCGACUCCACUCACAAAUUCCCGGUCGGUAGGUAGCCUCACUCGAUCGCAUCCACAAUAAUAUCUCACACACCAGUUCAUCGCACUCGACUUUGCUACAAACACAAAGCCAUGGAUUUCAACAGUCUGAAGGAUGCCGCCGCCAAUUUGUCCUUGUACGACAUCAAGGCCGGUGUUCGAAAGGUCCAAAAUGGUACGUCGACGUCUCUUGCCAGUUGGCCACAUGCUCACCACCUCCAGCUGUGAUGAAUUAUACCGAGAUGGAGGCAAAGGUUAGAGAGGCCACAAACAACGAACCAUGGGGUGCCAGUUCCAGCUUGGUAAGUUGUUUUGCUCCAAGACCACCUCGAGGGUAGUUAUGCUAAUUGCCCUUAGAUGCAAGAAAUCGCCAAUGGAACAUACAACUAGUUAGCAUAUCUGCCAUAUCCCAAUUGGCCAACACUGAUUGAAAUAACUAGUCAACUGCUCAAUGAAAUUAUGCCAAUGAUUUACAAACGAUUUACGGAAAAGGCAGCUGAGGAAUGGAGACAGAUAUACAAAGCCCUUCAACUCCUCGAGUUCCUGAUAAAGAACGGUUCCGAGCGGGUGAUCGACGAUGCCAGGUCUCAUCUUACGCUACUCAAAAUGCUACGACAGUUCCACUAUAUCGAUAUGAAUGGAAAGGAUCAAGGACUCAACGUUCGCAACCGAGCCAAGGAACUCGCAGAGCUUCUCAGUGAUGUCGAACGAAUUCGAGCCGAACGUAAAAAGUCCCGAGCUACCCGCAACAAAUAUACUGGAGUAGAGGGUGGUGCUGGAUUAGGUGGUGGUAUGUCAAGCAGUAGUGGCAGAUAUGGAGGAUUUGGAAGCGAGGAACCAGACAGGGCAUAUGGAGGAUUUAGUGGUGGUGUAUAUGGUGAUGGUGGUGGAUUCGGUGGUCAAACCAAUGACUUCAAUGACAGUGGUGCUGCUGGUGGUGGUGGUUCGAGACGGGACAAAUUUGAGGAAUACGACGAGUACGACGAGGGUGCUGGUUCGAGUUCAGCACCACCUAGGAGGCGUGCAGAAUCCUCGGCUUCAUCUAGACGAAGAACAGAAGCGAAGAAGCCUGCACCCCCCAAGAAAAAGGAACCAGAAGUCGACCUCUUUUCAUUCGAUGAUCCAAUUCCAACUUCUGCACCUGUGGUAGCUCCAAAAGCCGCCGCUCCAGUAUCGAACGCCUUGGACGACGACGAUGACUUUGAUGAUUUCCAAUCUGCUACUCCUUCCGUACAAACUUCUGCCCCAUCAGCCUUUGCCAUUCCAACACCCACGGCAACCACAACUUCCCAUACCCAAUACGCUUCACCACAGCCAGUUUCUGCACCACAGCAGGCCAAUUUGUCUGAAAUGGUGGGAUUCUCUUCCAUUUCACCAGCACCAGCUAGUACUCCAGGCGGAGCCAACUACUCUGCAUUCGCGCCUCCACCUGUUGCUCAGCAAGCACCAAAACCUACAUCAUAUCAAGGAUCUCAACCCAAUUACUUUACCUCCGUUCAGGUACCAAGCGCUCAAGCAAAACUAGCUUCCGGUGCAUCAUCCGUCAAAUCGCCCGGAGCCAAGCCAGCUGCUGGAGGUGACGCAUUCGGUUCCUUGUGGUCCACAGCAAGUGUAGGAAUCAAGAAGACCAGCACUCCAACCUCGGGACCUGCCCUUGGCCAACUGGCAAAGGAAAAAGCAAGCGCGGGUAUCUGGGGCGCUACGUCGACAACCUCGACUCCAAUACAACCACAACAAUUCCAAAAGCCAGCACAGGAUCAGCUGCAACAGAAAUUGGGCAAUGGUCUGGAUGAUCUGUUGGGUUAGGUAGUUGGUCAACCUUGAUGAUGUAUGUAACUAGCUAAUCGCGCGAAGAAAAAGCACAUUGAGAUUGAGGCGUUGCGGGACAUGCCCGAAAACUUUCCCAGAUAGUUUUUUUGCUGCGCU